AUGUCACCAGGAGCAAUCUCGCCGCUUAGCAAAGUCAAAGCCCUCACUUUCGACGUCUUCGGGACCGUCGUCAACUGGCGCUCAUCCGUAACCGAUGAACUCACGCUUCGAGCUUAUCGCAAGACUUCUUCCGACCUAAAACAAGAUGUCAAAGCUCGUGUUCAGAAUCUCACCGAAGAGGACUGGGGCCGCUUCGCACAGGAGUGGAGGAACUCAUACGGGAAGUUCACAAGAGGCUUUGACCCGGAAAAGCACACUUGGAAGACCAUUGAUCAGCAUCACCACGACAGUCUAGUCGAGCUUCUCAAGGCAUGGGAUCUAGCUGAUUUAUACAGCGCAGCUGAGAUUGAAUCCCUGAGUCUCGUCUGGCAUCGCUUGACACCUUGGGGUGACUCCUCAGACGGUAUUCAUGAGCUUGGGAAAACAUACAAAACCAGCACCUUGUCCAACGGCAACGUCUCGCUACUCAGAGACCUGAACGAUUUUGGAAACCUAGGCUUUCAGGUUCUCCUCUCAGGAGAGAAGUUCGGGGCUUAUAAACCAAACCCGGCCGUAUACACUGGUGCGACACGUGAGUUGGGACUGGAGCCUCAUGAAGUUUCUAUGGUUGCAGCACACCUCAACGAUCUCGAGGCCGCGAGAGCCUGUGGCCUGAGAACCAUCUAUGUCGAACGCCCCCAAGAGGAAGCCUGGGAUAAGGAAGAUGAAAGGUACCAGAACGCCCAGAAAUGGGUCGAUAUCUGGAUCACGGAAGACGAUCAAGGAUUUCUGGCUUUGGCUCAGAGACUUAAGGAGUUUGCAUGA